CUUGUUCACACAGGAGAGAGACGUGACUAUCGUGGAUCCUCUGGGGAGCCUCAACAGCAUGAUGCUGACGAGGCAGAGAAGCGUCUCUCCACAUCAGAACACCUCAAACACCAGCAGAGAACCACAGGGAAUAAAUCUAUCUGCUGCUCUGAAUGUGGGAAACGUUGCAAAUCUUCAUCAGAACUUAAAAUACACCAGCGAACACACACAGGAGAGAAAUCUCACCACUGUUUUGAUUGUGGGAAGAGUUACUUAAGAUUAAAAUCACUACAAGUACACCUGAGAAUUCACAAUGGAGAGAAACCUUACAGCUGUGAUCAAUGUGGGAAGAGUUUUACUACAUCUAGCUAUCUGAUUAUACACCAGAGAACACAUACAGGAGAGAAACCGUACAGCUGUACUCAAUGUGGGAAGAGUUUUACUCAGUCAAGCAACCUGUUAUCACAUCAGAGGACACACACAGGAGAGAAACCUUUUAGUUGUAAUCAAUGUGUGAAAAGUUUUAUUACAUCUAGAGAACUGACUGAACACCAGAGAACACACACAGGAGAGAAACCUUAUAGCUGUGAUCAAUGUGGGAAGAGUUUUAUUUCAUCUAGCCAUCUGACUAGACACCAGCGAGUACACACAGGAGAGAAACGAUUCCACUGUUCAGAUUGUGGAAAAAGAUUCUCAACUUCACAGAAUUUGAAGAAGCACCAGAAAACACACACAGGAGAGAAAUCUUAUAGCUGUGAUCAAUGUGGGAAGACUUUUACUCAGUCAAGCUCCCUGAAAUCCUACCGUAAACUACACACAGAAGAGAAACCUUUUAGCUGUGAUCAAUGUGGUUAGAGUUUUACUACAUCUAGCUAUCUGACUGUACACCAGCGGAGACACACAGUAGAGAAACCUUAUAGCUGUGUUCAAUGUGGGAAGAGAAACUCUGAUAAAAGUUAUCUGAUCAAACAUCAGAAAAUACAUAUAUGAAGGAGUUGUUUCAUGAUAUCAAUGUCACAAUGUACAAUGUUUUAACAUUGUAGAAGGAGUAUUUUAAUCAUGUCACAAUGUAGAACCCUAAACGUUUUCCCCCUGUUCUAUGAUUUCAACAUGAUAUGGAUAUUAGCCUCAGGGGGAAAAUCCAGGCUCUGAAAUGAAAGAGUUACUAUUUAUGAGAUUUAACAAAAAGUGACUAACAAAAAAAGAGCUGUGUUACACUUACCACAUUGGUCACUUGAAUCAAAACGCAAACUUCAAAAUGUAGCUAGCUGUUUUCUACAAAUUGUCCUCUAACCAGGGAUGUACACAUUACUCCCAGAUUCCGUGUGGUUUUUGAGCUGUUAGUUUUAACAGGACGUGCAACUUCAUCUCCUUCCUGUCACACAAUUGAUUUCAACAUGAUAUCGAUGAGUUAUGACAAAUAAGUGUUGUGUUCCUUUGUUUAGAGACCCCUACAUUUAAAUGCAUCACUCCAAAAUGUAGCUGACUGUCUUCUGCAGGUUGUCCUCUAACCAGUGAGGUAAAAUAUAUCUCCCAUUUCCAUGUGUUUUUUUGUUGUUGUUAGUUUUCUGAUUUCCCAAUUUAAUUGAUAUCAGUGAUUUAUUGCUACUUGUCAAAACAACAGCGUUUCUGGUGCUAGUGCAGUUUAUAAGGUGCUUGUUUAAAAAAAAAUAUAUAUGAUUAUUGUGGCAGAUGUUUGUGUAUAUAGCCCCUUUUAUGUUUAGGUUUUCUGCAUAUUGGUUAUUGAUUUGGACACGUUAAAACUGUGUUUGACAUUGGGGCUAUCCCACCUAGCAACAUUUCAUUGAAAAGAGUUGAAAAGAAGACUAAUAUAUGUCCGGCUGUAGUUGAAAGUGUAAUUAUUGUUUUUUUCAAUGAUGUCAUUGUAAAUAAGAAUUUGUUCUGACAGUGAUGACCUACCGGGGAACAGUGGGUUAACUGCCAUGUUCAGUUGCAGAACAACAGAUUUUGACCUUGUCAGCUCGUGGA